GCUACCUGGCCGAGGAUUGUGUAUUGGAGCCCCUGUUCCCCAAGUGCCUUCUUGGCGCCGUGCCGCGCCCGUACAUUGGUCCACAUCCUGCAUCUUCAAAGUUGCGACUUGCGAGUGACCUAACUUCUCCGAAGACGACGACGACGACGACGACUUUCUCUCAGCGUCUUUUCUUCUCCCCCUCCCUCCUUUGCUUUCAUCAAUCUGUGGCGCCCCUCCCCUGCCGUCGGAUUAUACUAUUCGUAACAAGUUCACCAUUAUACCAUCUGCGCAUGAGUUAAAAGCGCUGAACAUAUCGACUGACUGCAAUUCCGUGCCGCCCGGGAGUCCCUGCUGCCCUUGCUUUUUUAUGUUUUUUUUUUCUCUUUCCAACGCUGCGCUCCCCCCUUCUGUCCCUCCUCCCAACCUGUAAAUGUCCCUCUAUCCCACACCUAACAACACCAACGACUACAGAUUACCGAACGGCCUGUUUCCGUGUGCAGCCAGCCAUCCCUCCUGCUCACUCACGCCUUGCUUUCUCCCCUCAUACAUCGUAGUGUAUUGUUUUUCUCGCUCCCUCCCCUCUUCCCCUCUUCGUCCCAUCCCUCGACAACUCACUCCCCUUCCUCCCUGCGCUGCACAGUCUGCACAGAACUGAAUCCUUCCCCCGGUCCCCAUCGAAUACCCCUACCUGCCACGCCCAAGAAGUCUAUCUCCAGCGCUACGCCGUACGCCCAGCACGCCCAGCAACCCUCAGCUGAGAGGGGACCCGCCACAAACAAAAGCAGUGCAGGCACCAGAGAGUCCAGACAGCCCAGCCUGCCUACGCCCCAUCGACCUGCGACUUGGGCCAGUCGGAGAAGUGUGGCAACGCAGCCUCCCUCCCUCUCUCUCCCUCUCUCGCACUGCUCUCUCCCAGUCAGUCACCAGACUGUCUUCCUCUUUCGCACUACGUAUCCACCGUCCAUACGUCGUAGCGGCACGUCCCUCACUGCUACCACCCGACCGACCGAUCCAUGUCCUCGACAACGACGACGACAAUCGCUCUCGUCUGACCCAAACCUGAUCCUGACACUGAUCCCACCAAAACCCACCGACCGCUCGCCUCUGUUCUAACUCAAUCCGCCCAGCCGGUCCAUCGCCCUCGCAUAGCUCGUCUGCCGACGCCCUCCAUUUUCCCUUCUGCUACUUUCGUCUUCAUUUUCCCACUGCGAUUCCCUCUUCUGUCCGCCUGCUUCCCCGAAGCGUCGAUUUGCCCGCGAAUGCUGCUUUCGCGGCGGUGACGCCAGCCGUCGCUCUCCUCGAUCGACCGAUCCCAUUUUGCGUCCAUCGUCCCCCCGACCGACCGACCGGGUUGAAUCGACAAACGUCGCCGCCUACCCGCCAUGGCACCCACGGCCCCGUCAUCGGCGCUGAAUGGCGUCGUCAUCGGAUUGCUAUCGUCGUUCGGCUCCGCCGUGCUUAUCGCCGUCAUCUUCCUCGUCAUCUACUUCUUCAGAUACACGGCCAGCGGCCGCAUCUUCCUUGAUCGCAUCGGCCGACCGGGCGAGUACGACGAUGAGCAGGCGUUCGCGAGGGAGGAGGCCGAGGCCCUCGAGUCCAUGGAUGACAUGCAGAGGACCGAGUAUCUCCGGGCAAAAGCAUUCAUCCAGGCGAACCCGCCUGAGUCCAUCCAGACCGAUAUAUCACUGUCCCAGUAUCUCGCCAUUCAAGAAAAGGGCGUCUCCGCCUGGGAGUUUGAGCCCGAAUUAGAAAUCGCCAACUGCUUCGUCGAGGGCCGCACCGAGAUUGAGUUCUUCGACUCGGAAUGCACCGUCAUGAGCAAUCUGCCCGUGCCUAAACAAAAUGAGGUUUACUACUGGGAGGCCAAGAUCUACGAUAAACCCGAAAAUACGUUGGUCAGUAUCGGCAUGGCCACUAAGCCGUACCCGUUGUUCAGACUACCCGGCUUUCACAAACAUUCCGUAGCCUACUUGUCAGCGGGCCAGCGUCGCUGCAACCAACCCUUCGCUGGGACACCCUACGGCCCUCAGUACGUCCAGGGCGACGUCAUCGGUGUGGGCUAUCGUCCACGAACCGGUACCAUUUUUUUCACACGCAACGGCAAGAAGUUGGAGGACGUCGUCCACGGAGUCAAGUCGCAGAACUUUUUCCCUGCCGUCGGUGCCAACGGACCGUGCAUCGUCCAUGUCAACUUUGGCCAGGCCGGCUUCGUCUUCAUCGAGGCCAACGUCAAGAAGUGGGGCCUCGCCCCCAUGACGGGCAGUCUUGCUCCGCCUCCACCCUACGGCUCUGAGCAGGGCGACAUCCUGCUGGAGGCCGGUCGCAAAGACGGAUACACAGCUGCCAGCCAGCAGCGGUCACCCUCGCAGACCCAGUCGUACUCGCAGGCUAGUCUGGGUCCUCAGCAUGGGCGGACAAGAAGCGGAAAUUUCAGAGUACUGCCACCGAGGAGCCCUGGUCCCGUAAGAAGCCCAACUGACAUCUCCCUGACUCAUUUUGUCUCCGACGAUGAGGGCGGCGAGCCAAGCAGCAGCACCAACCGUGGACACGAAGGGCAGAGCGUCGUAGGGCUCGGGCUUCAAGAUGCUUUGAACCCUCCACCCGAGUAUACGAGCCCCGAUCACUCUGAUGCCGGUAGUCGCCGAAACAGCACGGACAGCGAGAACACGCCGUUGAUUCGCGUCCUCAAUCGCAGUCGGGGGACAUCUACGGCCGGCGGCGGCGUACCUUCGCACCCUCCUAUACCCAGUUACACCGACGCGGUGCGAGCCGGCGCGGGGCGGGAGGAGAACAGCACUUCACGACCCAACCGGCACGGCAACCGGUCAAGGUCACAGAGCGCACAAUGAUGUUUGAAUCGAAUCUGCUGGGCAGCAUGACAUGAUACCACACCUGAAGCAUCACAAAAGCCAGCUCAGUGGGCCUACCGCGAGGGGCGCGGGGUGAAAGGCGGCGAAGCGAGCGAGCUGCUAUAAUGGGGUGUUUGGGGCCGGAGUACGGAAAACCGCCCAAACCUGGCGAUCUAGGAGUUUGGCAAUUUUUGAGAUAGACGAGAUGCUAGGGUGUCUUGAUCGAAACGGAAUCCCGGGAAAGGAAAGGGCUUUUGAUUUACUUACUUUUGGUUGUUAACGAGGUUGGUCCGGCCGCGAGCGUCAUGAUACCUAUUGGACUCAACAUCGAAUCGUCGAAUUGACGCAUAUACUGCUCUCCUUUUUGUUCAGAUUGGCGCGGACGUGUGGUUUCUCCCCACUUCCUCUCCCGCCCUCUCCGCUCCGACUGUACGAAAGCAUUCGCAAAAGAAGCACGACCCGCGCGGAGUGUCAGUCACCCGGGAGCGGGGACUGUGCAUUACACAGACAUACAUACAUCAAUUCUACCAGUGUUUUCCAAUCCAUGUAGGGUUUUCUCCAAGUCCUGUUGGAUGUCGUCUCCC